AUGGUCAUUUGUCAUGACGAUAUAUGUUCUCCAAAACAGGGGAAACCUAAUUCACAAAAUACUUGCAAGGGGAUUACGUCUCAAGGUCAACCUUGUAAAAAAGUUCUUUUGGUGUCUGAGGAGUAUUGUCGUCAUCAUAAAGACCAGAGAGCUGAGGAAAACGUAUUUAGUAUACCUAUAACAAGAAAAAAGAAUUCGUCUAAAGUAAAUGAUGAUUUAGAUGAAAUUAAUAAUGAGUUUAAAUCUCUGUCAUUAAAUAAAAGCCCAUCAACUCGAAAUGACUCAAGUUCACUACGAACGUUUUUGGAAGAAAAGCAAAAAACUGGACAAAAAUAUACGAUUAAAGAAUUAGGCGAGGCGAUGGAAGGACCUUAUCAAUCCCCAAUAAGUAAUAUUCCAAAUAUAAAAUCACCGACACCGACAAAUAUGCAUUCUUCGUGUAUAAAUGCGUCACAUGGAUUGAUGACUGAUAAUCAAAAGAUGACACCCGUUAUAAUCGAUUUAACUGAUGAUGAUCGUAAGAAUGGCAAUUCAAUUAAUCAUAAAAUCCAAGUUUCUGACGGAUUAUCCCGUCAAAACAAAAAAGAGAUUGUUGAAUCUGUUGAGGAUGAGUUGGAAAAAGACAUAUUCGUUCCUGAUAAGGCAACAAAAAUAUGGAUUAAAUAUGGAGAAUGGAUUAAACCUGACCUUUCCCCGGAAAUAAAACGGUUAUUAAAAUCAGAAAUAGAGAAGCCCAUAACUAAUAGAGAUAAACCUGGACCCAAUUCCGAGGAGAGGGAUAAACAAACAUUCUAUAAAGUCGGUAGAUCUUCGAAUGUGCAUCGAAGGCUCUACCAAUGGGCUAAACGAUGUGGAAAUAAACCCAAUCUAAUCGAAUUAUUCCCAAAUGUUUCAAAUGUUAAGGAAGACUCAUGCAAAAGCGUCGAGAGUCCAAAAUGUAAGUAUACGCAUAGAGCCGAAAGGCUCAUUCACAUCGAGUUGAACGCGCGAUUCAAAGCCGAUAUCGAAAAAUGCGGGUCCUGUGGACGCCUACACAAGGAAUGGUUCAAAGCCUUAUCGAAUUCAAACGAUGAAUUUGAAUUGCAUAGAUGGGAUGAGGUCCGAGAAGUAAUUACCAAUUGGAUUUCCUUUGUUGAAACAGUAUAUGGUACUGGAUAA